CCCGCACGCCGACAACCACAGGCGCGCACACGCAAACACACGCACACUCAGACACGCUCACAAACACACGCUCAGUUGAACAGCCACGCUCGAGCACGAACUACCAUGGGAUACUGCAGGGAAGGGAACCACUAGCAGGUUGGCUGAGGAAGCCAUGCGGCCAGCUCCGAGGCACUUUUGGACUGUCGUGUGAAUCAAGCGAGUCGUUGUGGUGCGGUCCGGUGACCGCUCAGUCGGCCUUCAUAGCGGGUCCGAACGAAUCCUUCCGCCUGCAGGGAUAGUGUAGGCCAGUGCGCCCAUGUAGCAGUUCCACCAGCGUGGCAGUAGACACCGAUGAAAGACCCCGUACAGCCAGUACCAGUACUGCAUGUGGUUGUAUCAUGACGUGACACUGUAUCGACCCGCACUAGAGCUGUUGUAGUCAGGACUGGGGUCCAGUGGACAGAGAACAGGUGGUGGAGGCCUGGCAUAGAGGGAAAGUUGCCACUCCCUCUGCAGGAUGAACACAGACAGGCCAAAACGCAAAAUCAUUCGGAAGAGAUAUGACGUCAGCGACGGGAUGCCUUGGUGCGAGGAGCGCAUGGUCCAGAAGGUUCUCUUCCUGUCCCUGAAGGAGUUCAGGGACGCCAGGCGCCCAAGCACCCAGGGGCCACACCACCGACCGAGGCCCGGGUCCGCGGCACAGGAUCAGCAGAGGACACCGCGGCCGAAGCCAAGAUCGCACGCACGCACAAAAAACAAGACACCUGUCUCCCAAGAUGGGCCAAAACCAAAGCAGGGUCGCUGGCCAACGCACGCGCUGGAAAACCCCGAGGAGGAGCUAGCACUGCCACAGAUCGCCCCGGACACCUGUUCGCCCCGAGGCAAACGCCACGGGCUUCAAACCGGACAGAUGCUCGUCGAGGUCCUGCCAGCAGCCAAGGACGCGCGUCGAAGACGAGCGACAGGCGCGCCACAGAACAGCCGCUCGCUAGCGGGCGGUGCCGUCGCUCAGCCCAGAACACUCCGCUCACACAGAGCACAGAGCCUUCUCGCGUUCUUGGACACGUCCGAGCCGCAGCGCACGGCUCCGCCGACCCUGCAGGACAGCCGCCCGAAAUGUGAGGAAGGGCUGAACGACAGUCGUGUCGCGCAAAGCACAUCCACGCCGACGGUCCCCACCAGGAUUCUGAGGUCCCACACACCUACCGCCCGCCUCAAUGGUGCUCCCAGACAGGGUCCAGCUCUGCUAUCCACUAAUGAGAGACAGGGACUGACCCUGCAGGCCUAUCAUCAGCAUCGUCACGGCAACAUGGGUCAUGGUAGAGAUGACCCGGCCAACCAGAGGCCGAAGCUUCAGGCUCAGAGAAAGUUUGCACAUUCUCCUCCCAGUUCUCCAGGACCUUUAGUGUCGUCUUCCUCCACACAUAACCACAGCUCUUCCACCUCCAGCUGCCUGACGAGACGCCGUCCCAAAACAGAAGACUUUCUUUCUUUUCUUUGUUUGAGAGGUUCUGUGGCAUUGCCGAACAGCAUGGCCGUCUUAGGUAGUUGCCGGAAAAAGGAAUCCGCUGUCACUUCAUGUCUUCCUAACAGUCUAGGGCGGCCGACGGAGAAAGGCAGGACUACAGCCUUCAGGAGAAAAGCCCGCCACGGCAUGGCCCCCAGGCCGCUGAGGAGGCUGGGGGUGGCGGCCCUCCUCCUCCGGGGGGCCGGAGACACGGAGGCCGCCGGCAAGCGGAGAUACGGACUGUGUUCCAACGCCGCCGCCGCCGCCGCCACCGCCGCCGCCUCCUCCUUCGCUCCGAGGAAACUGAGCCUAAGGGAAAGGAAGAUGAGGGAGGGGAAAGGAGAAGGGAAGCCGACGGGGAACGGUGGAAGAGAGAAGAGGGCAGGGGGGAGAGUCGAGGGGAGGAGGAAGAGAGAGCCGGUUCGUGUCCUGCGACCUCGCCAGCUCUCUCUGCAGGUUGCCAUGGUGACUGGGCUCUCUGAUCAACACACUUCCUAUGUACUACAAGCACCGCCAAUCAAGUCUAAAUCGACCAAUAGCAGCAGACGUUCCAGACCCUAUUCUAGGGAGAGCAAAGCUAGUUUGCCCAGAAGGCCCCAUGUUAGCAUUAAACACCACAUUACCCGUAGAAACCUAAAAACAUACACAAAUCACAGAAUGCCUCAGAACCAGCAUGGCACUUGCAACCACAGAAUUGCCUCUGUUCAUCAUUGCCAACUCAGGAACCUUGCAUGUUCCCAAUCUUCAAGGGAGAACUCUGCCAGGACCCCAGUCAAAACACCAGGCCCGAACAGAAUGCUAUAUGCAAAUCCAGCAGCUAAUAGCUCAGCUAUGAGGCACCCGAACAAACGCGUCAGUGAGCAUUCUGGGGUCGUGAGACUGUCCAGGAGAAUGAGAGGCCUUCCACCAGAUACCGGUCUUAAUCUUUUAAACGCUCUAUUUGCAAUGCCAAGCAACAACUGCAACAACCUGAGGAAUGGCCAGAUACAGCAACACAAAGGCUCCAAGAUGACGUUGCAUGGCAUACAACGCGGCACCGAGGUCCUCCGAGAGAGGCUGGGGUUUGACCCCAAGGCUCCCAAAAGGGAGACGAGGCUCGACCGCGGUGUCGGAGCCCGUGAAGCAGCGGAGGACAGCGUCAGGCGUGCGGAGGACGUGGCGGUGGGAGACUCGGUGUCGACGCAGGGGACCGUAGGUAAGAGCGGGGUGGACAGGGACACUGAGGAGAUUGGUAAGGACGGUGAGGACGGGAAGGACAUCUGUCAACACCCGUUAGGAAGAGAUGGACGGGAAGUCAGCGGUCGUCUUGUUGAGGGCGAACAACAGACCCCGGGCUGCGCUAGUCUGGACAGAUUGAGGAGCAGGAAAAUGAUGUGCGAGGCAGAUCACAGGAGCUGCGGCGACGCCAGUGAGGGUGUGUUGUGUCAAGGCCACGUCGAUAGCUCCGCAGAAGAGGACAACAGCGAUGUAGCUUCAGUCCCGUCCAAACCAGCACCACCUACAAGGACUGUCACCAGAGCGGCAGUGGCCAAGGCCAAUGCGGAAAAUACAUCGUUAACGUAUACCAGUGUAGAUUCAGGUGAAAGAACAAACUGUUCUGCCAGGGGUGCUAAGCCAACUCACAACAGCACAAACAAAUUCACAAGUGCAGCCAACUGUCCCCUCGACAAUACCAGCCGGGGGACCUCUAAGGAGUCAUUCAAUGCUCUCAGUAAGAACUUGUCAAAGGGCACUGCUCCAAACGGCAGGAAUCCUAACACCACUUCCAAAGGGCCAAUAAAGCCUUCUACCUCUGUCGCUAAGACCAGAACGAGCCCUAGGAACCUGAAGCCGUAGUGUUGCCAUGCAUCCCUUGUGGGAUGAGGCUUUAUACGACAUGGCAAUGUCACCUUUGCCUAGUACCUUUGGGGGUAAUAUAGUGAACACUGAUUUAAUGAUAAUAUGGAAUUGCAUGUAAACUGGUUUUGCCAGUUCUCAAUCCUACUUUUUCUUGUUCAAUGGCAGCUACUAUCUGUAUUCUUCUGGUGACCAGUCAAUUUGAGACCAAUUUGACGUGUAAAGAACAAUUUCUUUGGGCAUAACUUGAUCUGACGUAACACACUGUUUGGACUCAAGCUUUUUAUUAUUUUUUACAUUAAAAUAAAUGUGAAAGGGAAAGGCACAUGAGUCAAAUACAAAGGAUGUAGAUAAGUAUUUGAAACAAAAUAUUUAAUACAAAAAAACAUUCUACGGAAAUCUUUUAACUUGAUCUUUCAUACAUUCUACUUGAACAUUCGAUAUAACAAGCUCAGCUAUUACAGGUCAAUUCAAUUGAAUUCCUGUAAGCAACUGCAUUCUAGUGAGGAAAGGGAGAGUUAUGUUAGAAUUAUUAGUGAUAGACUGACUAUUGACUCAAAAGUGAUGCAUUGGUUAAUUGCCUUUAGGGCAACAUAUUUAAACAACAGGAAUCAUACUAAUCAAACCACUUUCGACUCCAUAUGUACAUCAUCAUUGAUUGUCCUUUGUACAAGUUGGCCUGUUUAGUUAUGUUUACCUUUUAGUCAUUGGAAUUUACAAUAUACCUUCUAAAGGAAAAAAUCUCAAGCCUCAACAUUGACACACAAACCGUGUUUACAUUACAGAGUAGAAAUGUGUACUUUGAUUAAAAUAUAAAACAUUUUUUUCAAAAAGAAAUGUCUCACCGUGAAUAAAUGAUUGAAAUUGAGUGAUAGCUCUGUCUGAAAUUAACACAUCGUUCACAAUCCGUUUUAAAAGUGAUCUAGUAUGAGCAAGAAAAGCAAAUGUCUUUUGUUGUACUUUGCUGCAAUACUUUUUAUCUAAAUGAGGUGUAGGCGAGUAGUCAAAGUAAUUAAAUAAAGGUAAUUUCUUUGAAAUGAAAUACUUUUUCCCCUAUUGUUUAUUGAUGUUUAUCACUACCACAAGCAGUUUGGUUUGGUUAAUGUUAUUUGCAUUUAUUGAACAGGUCAUAAACAUCUAAUCUAGCCAGGCUAUUGUGGAUGUUGGGAGUAAAGUAAAGGUUAGGAAAGGUAAAUGUACGUCAUUUUUUAUAAAAGACUCAUGACUUCGAUCAAAAUGCAUUGUGCAAAUAACACCAACCUUGAACACUGGUUGGCCUUACCUAGCAAUACUCCUAUGCAAUGGAAUGUAGAUAAGCAAAGCGUUUUGGUCAUGUGCUUUUAAUGGUGCUACAGCAUACAUAUGGGAAGACAUUUUAUACACAUGUGGAUUACGUAAUUAUCAUUUGCUUAUCCCGAGAGUCGAUAACUGACCAUAUGUUUUGCUAUGGUAAUAGAAAAAGCUAUUUUCUGCUGGCACUAGGCAAGCACAAGCUGGUUACAACAUAAACGUAAAUAUUAUCGGCAGUUUAUUUUCUGAACCUCUCUCAAACACACACACACACACAGCAUCAGGGGUUAUUGAAUAGUUAUUUAAUAAUAAAACAGCCAUACAUCUCAGAUAAGCAGAGCUCCAUAUCCUCCAUGCUCU